GAGGAAGGAAGGCAGUGCCCACACCUGGGUCCAAGGUCCCUGGGCACCGGUGGACACGCAUGGCAUGCCGCCUAGGCCCAGGGAGCAGCCCUAAGGGCGCGUCAGCCCUCUGGGCCCUGGCAGUGUGGGAUCCUGUCCACCCAUUCGUGGGACAGGCUGCAGGCAGCGGCCUGACCCAGCCUCUGACUCACUCGCCUGGUGACCAAAUAGCUGGAAUCCUACACCACCACAGCCCAGCUUUCCCCGCCUCUGGCGAUGGUCAGGAAGUCCCUCCCUACCUCACACUUCAGGCUGACAGAGGGUUGCUAGCGGGGGCCCCUAGAACUGGGACUGCCCUGGCAGGUCCUGAUACUGGGCCCAAAGGCUGCCAUCUCUCCCAGGUCCCUGCUUCUCUUAGAAACAGGAGAGCCAGAGAGGGGAGGGAGCCACUCCUCCUUGGCCGCAGUGGGCACACUGGACAGGGCCCUGGCCUGACCCCGGGACCACGGACAAGACAGCCAUGGCUCCCAAGCGCAAGCCCCCUGCGCAGUGUGAGGGCCCUGACGCAAAGAAGGGCCGGCAGGGGACAGAGGAGGACAACUUCCGCUCCACGGCGGAGGCCCUCAAGGCCGCGCCCACAGAGACGCGCACUGUCCGGGUGGACGCCUCCUGUCCUCUCAGCCACAAGCCUGGGGCCCAGGUGCACGGGGACUACGACUGCACCCUGAACCAGACCAACAUCGGGAACAACAACAACAAGUUCUACAUCAUCCAGCUACUGGAGGACGGCGGGCGCUUCGCCUGCUGGAACCGCUGGGGCCGCGUGGGAGAGGGGGGCCAGUCCAAGCUCAGCUACUUCGCGUCCCUGGAGGAUGCAAAGAAGGACUUCGAGAAGAAAUUUAAGGACAAGACCAAGAACAGCUGGGCGGAGCGGGAGCACUUCGUGGCCCAUCCCGGCAAGUACACGCUCAUCGAGGUGCAAGGCGAGGAGGAGGCCCAGGAGGCUGUGGUGAAGGUGCAGUCCCUCUCCGCCCAGGUGGACGGAGGCCCCGUGAGGACCGCGUUUCAGCGCGUGCGGCCCUGCUCCCUGGACGCACCCACACAGAGGCUCAUCACCAACAUCUUCAGCAAGGACAUGUUCAGUGACGCCAUGGCCCUCAUGAACCUGGAUGUGAAGAAGAUGCCCCUGGGGAAGUUGAGCAAGCAGCAGAUCGCUCGGGGCUUCGAGGCCCUGGAGGCCCUGGAGGCGGCCCUGAAAGGCCAGGAGGACGGGGCUGGUGGCCGCAGCCUGGAGGACCUGUCCUCCCACUUCUACACCCUCAUUCCCCACAACUUCGGCCGCAGCCGGCCCCCGCCCAUCAACUCCCUGGAGCUCCUGCGGGCCAAGAAGGACAUGCUGCUGGUGCUGGCGGACAUCGAGCUGGCCCAGACCCUACAGGCAGCCCCUGAGGAGGUGGAGGAGGUGACGCACCCCCUGGACCGAGACUACCAGCUCCUCAGGUGCCAGCUCCAGCUGCUGGACCCAGAGGCGACUGAGUACAAGGUGAUCCACACCUACAUGAAGCAGACGGGCGGCAGCCCCAUGGAGCUGGUGCUACGGCACGCUUGGAAAGUGAACCGAGACGGGGAGGGAGACAGGUUCCAGGCCCACUCCACGCUGGGCAACCGCAGGCUGCUGUGGCACGGCACCAACGUGGCCGUGGUGGCCGCCAUCCUCACCAGCGGGCUGCGUAUCAUGCCACACUCCGGCGGCCGCGUGGGCAAGGGCAUCUACUUCGCCUCGGAGAACAGCAAGUCGGCCGGCUACGUUACCACCAUGUCGUGUGGGGCCCACCGCAUCGCCUACAUGUUCCUGGCGGAGGUGGCCUUGGGCAGAGAGAACCACAUCAUGGCUGACGACCACAGCUUGAAGCAGGCACCCCCUGGCUUCGACAGCGUCGUCGCCCGAGGCCGCACGGAGCCUGAUCCCACCCAGGACACGGAGCUGGAGCUGGACGGCCGGCGAGUGGCAGUGCCCCAGGGCCGGCCCACGCCCUGCCCCGAGUUCAGCAAUUCCUCCUUCUCCCAGAGCGAGUACCUCAUCUACCAGGAGAGCCAGUGCCGCCUGCGGUACCUGCUGGAGGUGGGCUUCUGAGAGCCGCCCUCACCCAGGCCCUGCCGGGGACAGACUGCCGUCUCAGUCUUCUCGCCCAGACCCGAUGCCCAUGUCACCGCUUCUGGCUCCCAAAUCUCCCUUCUGUGUCCCAGGCAGUGGUCCCGCCCCCUCCAAUCCCCACUAGCCCUGGCCUGGCUGUGGCCCCGAGUCUCGCCUGCUAAGGUGAUAGGAGUGAGGGACUGGCGUUAUCCCUGGGUCACAUGCCGCAGCCUCUUCAGGGCUGUGUCGUUAGAGGGGCACAGACUGAUGGUGUCAGACCCCUUACCCGCCCAGGCUGUCCACCAGGCCCAGCCUGUCCACCCCAGAGGUGUGACCACCAGUGGAGGCUGGACAGCGGGCAGCAAGUUUAUUAAACACUGUCCACUCACCCCAGGCCCCGACUGUCUGUGCUGCGGCCGCACAAGCCUAAGCCCCUUCCUCUCCACAGUGACCCCCCCCCCCCCCAGCCCACGGCAGCUUGGGCCCCACCCACCCUGGUCCAUCUGUGUCCGUCACUGCAACCACCCGCCGCCCCUGGUCACUGAGCUUUCAAAGGCGACCCUCACCAUCCACUCAGACCUGGUGGCCACCUGGGGACCCACCUGGGGUCUGCCCGCUGGCCCGCACGUGGCCAGGCAAACCGAGCAUCGCUCCUGGCUCGGCAUCCACGUGUCUCAGAUCUGCACGUUCUAAACCAGCUGAGCACACGCUGAGCGCCCAGCUCUGCCACCGUGAACGAUGCCCGUGAGCACCCGGGGUCACCCUACCCAGACCCGAGGGUGCAGGUGCCGUGUCUGCUUCUCCAGCUCCAAUCCAACACCACAGGGUCCCUUCCUUCUCCCCAGUCCCACACGCACACCUGCUUCUCUAACAGUACGCACCUCCGUUUCCGUCACCAUCAGUCCAUUUACUUGUUGGCUCCACCCCCCCCCGAAAAGGAGAUGCAGAACCGCCAGCCCAUGUCACCCUGAGCACACGCUUUCUGAGCGGGGCUCAUGUUUCACGGUUAUCCUUUUGACUUUAGAUGAGCAGGGAGUUUGAAACAGGUGAAACAUUGCUUGGAUCCGUUACUUAGUGUUUCCUUUCGGUGUAGUGAUGCCAUUCAUUUGAAAUACAGGUAGGUUCCUCUGUCCUGCAUCUAUUCACCUUCAGGCGGGCUUUUCCUCAUCUUCACUGACUUAUUUUUUCCAACACACAGAACAUUAACAUAGUCCCAACUGCAUCGUCCCCAGAGUCUAAUCUAAUCAAAAACAGGAGCUCAGAAGAGUCACCCCCUGGCCCUGCACGCCGCCCACCGGCUUCGGGAAGCCAGUUUCUGCCUUAGCCUUCAUGUACUCCUUUUGGCAAAUUAAAAAGCAGCAGUUACA